AUGCAACCCAACAAAACCAACGCACUCGAGUAUAUUGAUCGUGGUGGCAAAGCUCCGGCUCGAUAUGCCCACGUCUUAAUUGACCAUCGAGCGUCAGUUGAGCCAUACUACGCGGGUAUUCUGGUCGGUCCUCUGCCGAUUGUGAAUGGAACCACCCAGUGGACGCCUCUCGAAUAUCCGUACACUCGUAAGACCAACGGAAGAGUCCGCAAUAUCGAAGCAGAUGAAGAUUUGAUUUCUAGAGACUGGCUUUUAGAAAUAUCUCGGUCAGUGUCUGAUAUCACUCUCAGUCUCUGGAACGCAACAUACUUAGGUCUGGACAAUGAUACGAUCGGCAUCCGGGGGAUCGACCCCUUAUCGCAGGAACAAGAUCGAGUUACUCGAAGGGAUCAAUUCUGGAAUGUACCAACCAGUGACUUUGACGACUCGACCUUGCUACCCUUGGGGCUUUAUGUGCACUCAGAUGUGACAGGCCGAGACCCGUCCAAAUGGAAACUUCUGGCAAAACCGAGGAGUUCCGACAUCCAAUGUCUUCACGAAGUCAUUUUCUCCCGAGGAAAUGAGGUUACCCUUGACGACAUGUCCAACGCUGGCCUCAACGAGGAGUCUGAUCGGUUCUUACUUGGUGGUGAUCAGGACAAUGACCAGACUGCUGCUGGGUUCAUACAUGCCUUUUCCACGAUCAACAUUGUGCGCAACGUUAGCUUCGCUAAUCAAUACAAUCGACUGGUCGGAAACUUCGACCAGUUUGACAAAUUGGUUGGUCAAGUAGCAGUUCGGGAAAAUUCCUGCGAUGACCCGACUCCAUUCUGGUUCCAUUGCGGCAAGACACCAGGUUGCACAUAUAAGUCUUCAACUUCUCACAACCUACCACUGCAUGAGACUUCUUGCGACCCAUCAACCGCCGAACAGAGACGGGCGAAGGAACGUUCUACUAUGAAUCAUAUCGAGAUUGAGGUCGAUGGAAGGAUCUUUUUGCAGUGCACCGUGACGCCUGGUUGCCCGUACAAGACCGAGCCUCGGUAUCGAUAUGUCCUUGAGACCCACAAAACCAACUGCACACCAGCGCUCGUGAAGAGGAAUCUGAAACUCGCUGACCCGCACGUGCCACGACCAUUCAAGUGUACGGCGACAGUCGGUUGUGGGUAUGGAUCAGCAUCCCAGCACAACAGAGACUCGCACGAAAAAACGUUGCACACCACAGCUUGUGGAACAAAAGCACAAGCGCGAGCACCCAGAGCUACAUGA